AUGGACGGAUUACUAAGAGCAGCUUUUAGAGUUAAUACACGACAAACCAGCAAAACUCAAGAUCCAUCAUUUAAUGAACAAAGUAUUGAAGAUGACAAUUCAUAUGACAUGGAUGAGGGGUUUACCAUUUAUCGCGAGGUAGAUGAUGAGUAUCAAUCAACUUUCUCAAAUGAAGAACAUGCAAAGUAUAAAAAUCUCAUGGAAGCUUUUGAAAAAGGCCUAUACGAGGGGUGUACUACUUUUUCGAAACUUUCAUUUCUAUUGCAUUUAUUUCACCUAAAGUGUAUGUUCCAUUGGUCUGCAGAGUCAUUUAAUAAAUUACUUGAACUUCUAAUCGACGCAUUUCCCAUUAUUAAGGAGUUUCCAUUGUCCUAUUAUGAAGGCAUGAAGAUAAUAAAUGAUUUAGGGUUAGGAUAUGAGAAAAUCCAUGCAUGUCCAAAUGAUUGCAUGUUAUAUUGGGGCAAAUUCGCAAAUAAAAGUGAGUGUCAUAUAUUCAAGACAUCAAGGUGGAAAAAUGUGAAAGGAAAUGAGGGUGAUGUAAAUGAAAAAGGAAAAGAAGCAUGUAAGAAAGGCGAGGCAGCUAAAAAAAAAUUUGAUGAAAAAUAUACAGAGUUUGCCACUGAUCCUCGUAGUGUUAGAUUAGGCCUAGCGAGUGAUGGUUUUAAUCCAUAUCGUCUUAUGAACACAAAUUAUAGUACAUGGCCGGUGGACCUCAUUCCUUAUAAUUUACCACCAUGGCUUUGUAUGAAACCAUCAUCCUUUAUUCUUUCUAUAAUUAUUCUUGGUAAAUUUGGUCCCGGUAUGGAUAUUGAUGUGUACUUGCAACCACUAAUCCAUGAAUUGAAAUUAUUGUGGGAAGGUGUUGAUGCUUUUGAUUCUUAUAGUGAAAGCAACUUCAAACUGCGAGCAGCCCUACAUUCUACUUUUAAUGACUUUCCGGCUUAUGCUAUGCUGUCAGAUAGAUUUGGUGGCAAAAUUAUCUACACUGGGUAUCGAAAAUGGUUGCCUAUUGAUCACCCAUAUCGUUCACAAGCUAAUUUUUUAAAUGGGAAAGAAGAAUAUGGUAUUGCUUUGAUUCGUACCAGCGGGACCGAUGUUUUGAAGCAACAAGAAGGGGUAAAGUAUGUAUAUGGGAAGACAAAAAAAGUUCCUAAAAAAAGAGAGAAAAAAGCUGCCAAUGAACUUGAUGAUGAUUGCGAUCCCGAUGGUGAUCAUAUUCUUUGGAAAAAGAAAAGAACUCUUUUAGAUAUGGAUAAUAGUAGGGAUGAUGAGAGUGGCAGAGAAGCCCUAAAGAAUUUGAAUAUAAAAACUCAUCUAUGGAUCGACCCUCAAGGUUACAUCCCGCAGGCUGCAUACACCAUGUCUAACGAGGAGAAAGAACGAUUUUUGAAAGUCUUGAAAAAGAUGAAAGUUCCUGAUGGAUAUGGAUCUAAUUUGCAAAGAUGUGUGAAUCUAAAGCAACAGAAACUUAUUAAUAUGAAAAGUCACGACCAUCAUAUUCUCAUAUACAAGAGAAUUAGAUACCAUUCAAUCAAAGCUCGUGGUGACUCUUUGCAUUGCAAUUUUGAAAAAGAGUUUUUACCAACAUUUUUUACAAUCAUGGUUCAUCUACUAAUUCAUUUAGUAGAAGAGGUCAGACUAGGCGGACCGGUUCAUUAUAGAUGGAUGUAUCCUAUUGAAAGGUACUUGGCCUUUUUGAAAUCUCAUGUAAGCAAUAAAGCGCAACCGGAAGGAUCUAUAGUGGAAGGUUACCUUUUGUGGGAGACAAUUGCAUUUUGUUCGAGAUAUUUAGAAAGUGUUAAGACUAUGUUCAAUAGACCUAGAAGGAAUGAGGAUGGUGUAUCAAACAUUGACAACUAUUUGUAUAACUCUGGUGGUCGUGUUGUUGGAAAAAAAGAAAAUGUUCGUUUGGAUGAUAGAAGUUUAAAGCAAGCUCAUCGCUAUGUUUUACUUCAUUCUGAUGAACUGACCCCGGUGCUCAAUGAGUUCCUAAAACUAAAGAGGCUAGAGAAUGACGUUGGAGGAAGUCAAGUUGAUGAAUCUAUUGAAAAUCGGUGGAUAAUUGAUGAAUUUGCAAAUUGGUUGCAAAGCCAGGUCCAUAAUUUAGAUGAUAGCACAGUAGAUGGAAAGUUAAGAAAAACCUUAGUCGGUGGCUUGAGUAACCGCGGGAAAAGGAUGAAAAGUGUUAUUAUCAAUGGUUACAAAUUUGAUAUUGUGGAUCGUGAGCGAUUUCGAGUAACUCAGAAUUCAGGAAUCAUGGUGGAAGCAGAGGGUCACGAAUAUUAUGGAAAACUCAACGAAAUUUUGGAAUUAGAUUAUUAUGAAUUGAAAUUCAAAUCUGAAUUCAGUUCUGGAUUUUUGAUUGCAGCUCUGAACAUCAGAAAUGAAUUCUAUAACAGAAAUUCAAAUCUGAAUUCAGUUGUGGAUUUCAGUUUUGAUUUCAGCUCUAAACAUCAGAAAUGA